AUGUCGUCAAGACCAGAGUUGAGGGUCGAUGAUGAAGUCGGCUUCAUUCGCUUCUUUCGUGCCCUGCCGACAAAAGAUGAAGAUACUGUUCGAAUCUUCGACCGAGGCGACUAUUACACUGCCCAUGGAGAUGACGCUACAUUUAUUGCGCGUACCGCAUACAAGUCCACGUCUGUUCUCAGACAGCUCGGCAAGCCAGAAAGCGGACUUUCGUCCGUAACAAUGACUCCCACUGUGCAGAGAAACUUUCUUCGAGAAGCACUGUUCUCGCGAGGCAAAAGGAUCGAGAUUUGGGCAGCCACCGGCCGCAUGCAAUGGAAGAUCGUAAAGUCAGCAUCUCCCGGUAACUUGCAGGAUGUAGAGGAUGAGCUUGGAGAACAGUAUAAUGCUGCCCCGAUCAUACUAGCUGUCAAGGUCACAGCUAAAGCUUCGGAAGCAAGGAACGUGGGAGUGUGCUUUGCGGACGCAAGUGCACGGGAGCUGGGCGUCAGCGAGUUCCUUGAUAAUGACUUAUACUCCAACUUUGAGUCUUUACUUAUACAGCUUGGUGUCAGAGAGUGCCUGCUGCAAAUUGACUCUCAACGAAAGGAUCCUGAAUUGGCGAAGUUGAGAAGCAUUGCCGACAAUUGUGGUGUUGCAGUGGCUGAUUGUACUCCUGCUGACUUUGGGAUCAAGGACAUCGAGCAGGAUCUUGCAAGAUUGCUACGUGAAGAAGGUUCAGCUGGCAGGCUUCCCCAGACUGAUCUCAAAGUGGCUAUGGGCUCGGCAGCAUCUCUGAUCAAAUACCUUGGACUGCUCUCGGACCCUUCAAAUUUUGGCCAAUAUCAGCUAUAUCAGCACGAUCUCUCUCAGUACAUGAAGUUAGAUGCAGCUGCGCUCAGAGCACUUAAUUUGAUGCCUGGGCCUCGUGAUGGCUCAAAGACUAUGAGUCUGUUUGGACUUCUGAAUCACUGUAAAACACCUGUCGGAGGCAGACUGCUGGCACAGUGGCUAAAGCAACCUCUGAUGAACCUACAAGAUAUCGAAAGGCGACAACAAUUAGUAGAGGCCUUCUUCAUUGACACCGAACUUCGGCAGACGAUGCAGGAAGAACAUCUGCGAUCCAUACCCGACCUGUACAGACUAGCCAAAAAGUUUCAACGGAAGUUGGCGUCACUCGAAGACGUAGUAAGGGCAUAUCAGGUUGCCAUUCGGAUCCCUGGCUUCAUUGGUACCCUCGAAGGCGUCAUGGAUGAGAAGUACAAAGAUCCGCUAGAUGCGGAAUACACCUCCAAGUUGAUUCAAUACUCAAAUAGUAUGAUUAAAUUGCAGGAAAUGGUUGAAACAACGGUUGAUCUCGACGCCAUGGACCGUCAUGAGUUCAUCAUAAAACCCGAGUUUGACGAAAGCCUGAAGAUCAUACGGAAGCGGCUCGACAAGCUGAGACGUGACAUGGACGCUGAACAUGCUCGUGUGAGCGAUGAUCUAGAUCAAGAACUAGGCAAGAAACUCUUUCUUGAGAACCACCGAGUUCACGGAUGGUGCUUUAGACUGACCCGGACGGAAGCUGGAUGUAUACGGAACAAGAGACAAUAUCAAGAAUGCUCUACACAAAAGAACGGUGUCUACUUCACCACAUCCAAGAUGCAAGAGUUACGGAGAGAGCACGAUCAACUAUCGGAGAACUACAACCGUACGCAAAGCGGACUUGUCAGCGAAGUUGUUGGUGUAGCCGCCUCAUACUGCCCGGUGUUUGAGAAACUCGCUGCUGUGCUGUCUCACCUCGAUGUUAUUGUCAGCUUAGCCCACGUUUCUGUCCACGCUCCGACUUCUUAUGUGCGCCCAAAAUUGCAUCCGCGUGGGCAAGGGAACACUAUAUUGAAAGAAGCGCGCCAUCCAUGCAUGGAAAUGCAGGACGACGUCCAAUUCAUUACGAAUGAUGUGUCGCUCGUGCGCGGAAGCUCGGAGUUUCUCAUCAUUACUGGACCUAAUAUGGGAGGCAAAUCGACCUACAUUCGCCAGAUUGGUGUUAUAGCACUCAUGGCCCAAGUUGGCUGUUUUGUGCCAUGCGCGGAAGCAGAACUGACGCUGUUUGACAGCAUUCUUGCCAGAGUGGGAGCAAGCGAUUCACAGCUCAAAGGCGUCUCUACAUUCAUGGCGGAAAUGCUAGAAACCGCAAAUAUUCUAAAAUCAGCGACUGCAGAGUCACUGAUAAUUAUUGAUGAGCUCGGGCGUGGUACAAGCACCUACGAUGGAUUUGGGCUUGCAUGGGCCAUUUCCGAGCACAUUAUCAAAGAACUCAAAUGUUUCGCAAUGUUUGCUACGCAUUUCCAUGAAUUGACAGCGUUGGUAGAGGAGCACAACCAGGUUCAAAACCUGCAUGUUGUUGCUCAUAUCGGUGAAACUACCGCUCAGGACCGGAAAGAAGUGACCUUGUUGUACAAAGUCGAGGAUGGUAUUUGCGACCAAAGUUUCGGAAUACAUGUCGCCGAACUGGUCCGUUUCCCUCCAAAGGUCGUCAAUAUGGCGAAGCGAAAGGCCGACGAGCUUGAAGAUUUCUCAACGAAACAUGACGCAGAAGCCGUUAAGCACUCCAAGGAAGAUGUUGAUGAAGGGAGCGCACUCCUCAAAGAGAUGUUAAUGCAAUGGAAGAGCGAGACGGAUGGCAAGAAUAUGAGCAGUGAGGCUCAAGUUGAGAAGAUGAAAGCUCUAGUCAGGGGAAACAGCAAAUUAUUGGACAAUCCGUUCUUCCAAUCUAUCAAAGCUCUCUGA